AUUACAAGCUUUUGUUUAAGGAAUCAGGUCUUUGAUCUCCAUUUAAGGGGAUGUGCUAACCUUGUUUUGCUGCCAGUGGAAACGAUGUUCUUUAAAUGACUCUAAUGGUUGAAAGCGAUCACCAUUUAUAGCGUCUGGAUUUCUUGUGCUGAUAGACUUUUAACGAAAUAAGACCCAGGAAAUGCAGCUAUUGCUCAGAUAGCGAUAGUCCCUGUGUGUUUUCUCUCUCGUGCGUUCUGGCACCUUCUGUGACACCUUUUUGAAGACAUCCUCUGGGUGUUCCUGCACAAAGGAAUCUCGGGAGCUCACUGCAGGCCUCUGGGUUGUCUCCAUAAUUCAGGCUUGCUCCAGAUUUAUUGGAUCUAGCUUGUGUCCUGCAGAGCCUGGCUAUGAUGAGCUUGCAGGGUGAAGGACUUUUAGAUGGCAUUCUGUUUUUUGAGAGCAGUGAGCAGGCAAUGUGGUUGCCGAUGUACAUCAGCAGUCUGUUGCUAGAUGGGCAGAUAUGACUGAAGCAGGUGUGCAGAUCUGUGACAGCAGUUGUGCUGGGGACAUAGGGUGUCAUUACGAUGGUCUGGCUCAGGGUGGCUGUAGCUGGGAGAAGCCAUAGGCAACCUGGGAGGGCUGUGUGUAUGGGAAGCUGUUUCCUUUUCCAAGGUUUCUGUCAGUAUAACGCUGCUCCUCCUUCUGUAUCAUGAAGAGUUGCUAAGAUAGUUGAGCGAAUCUGCUUCUUUCCCAUGUAGAUGUGAAAGGAGCCGGCUAGCCUCUUAAGCAAGUGAAAUGUUAAUUCGUACCAGAAUUAAUGCAGCAGAACUUGUUUCCAUUACUUGUUGGGAUGCUAGAAAAGUCUGACUUGUCUGCACUGGCUGUUUCGCCAUCGGUGGCGUCUCGCUUGGUAUCUGCGUUGCCUGAGUACCUGCAUCUGUUUGUCAUCUUUCCACUGCCCACCAGUGAGACCAGAGCUUCUAGGCCGGCUCCUCCUGUAGGGCCCUCUGCACCCCUCCAUGAUUAUUUCCUUUGAUUCUGCUUUUCCUUCCAUGUUUGUUCUUCACUUCUAGUUUCUUCCUGAUCUCAGGUUCAUUUUGAUCAAAGCAGGUUGAGGUAGUCAGUCUUCCACUGCUUACAAAAGACCCAAAGUUACAACUUCAUUUAUCUGUUUAUGUGUCCUAUCAAAUAGAAGAAUGAGCCUCUACCCCGAGUUCACCUAUUGCAGAGUCUUAUAACCACACACGGUGUGUCUGCAUCUGAAGAAAUUCCUUGAAAAUUCGAGCUGAAGAGCAAACUUCUCCAGAAUGUCUUGGGAUCAGGUUAUGCCCCCACUUCAGGGAAAAUCUCCUCUCCAAAUUGUUACUGCUUUAUUCCAUCUUUGACAAAAUUGUUUGAUUAUUACAAGUAUUAUUAUCAGUAUUGUUUUGUUUUUCAAAAAUAGGGGCAUAUAGACAAGGAUAGAACGUUGCGAGAAAUAUUUGUACUGUUUGAACAAUUAAAUAGUGGAGAAUUUUGCAGUAUUUACUAAGAGCUGUUAGAUUUUGGGUUCAUUCGAUCUUUCUGAAAACAGACGUUCCUUUGCUAAGGUCACUUCGCCCUUUGCUCUUGUGUGUUUCAUUUUGCCUUUGUUCUUUUCCAUAUUGCUGGCUUAGAAGAUAUCUUCUUCCUUUUAUGUCAUUCAGAUUGGAUCCCUCUGCGACGUCACAUCAGUGGCCAGAAACCUCGUGUGAUGCUUUGUCCUGCUUGACUAGUUUGUUACACCUCUUCUGAGCAGUUCUUCUCAGAAGGCCACGUUUCUUUCAGUUAUUAGUUAGAUUUCUCUAGCCCCUGGUCUGUUGCAUCAGGGCCUUGCACGUUGUAUCUGUGGGAACAGGGAUUUUUUCAGGGGCCUCAUCCUUCACUGUUGUUUUUUUUCCCCUCUGCUCCGUUUCCAGAACUUUUAUGGAUGAAUACAGCUGUAAUGUCCACCUUCAUGCUGAUAUGUUUUUAUUGAUGUGUUUUCUACUGUCCACGGUAUAUUUUGGUCUGCCUUUAUGACAUCUCCCUCUGGGUGUCUAGUUGUUGUUUUCAACUCUUCUGACCCAAACUGAAUUAUUAAUCUUCCUGCAGGGUACUCCUCGGUUUCUUCUGUCAUGUAGACCCUAGCAUCGGCUUCUUUGUUGUCUGGAUCCCUUCUCUGGAUGCUAUCUUUGUCUUUUUUUCCUUCUUUUUCUUUCUCAAAUAGGUAUCUUCACGUAUGGCCUUGAGAAGAUGCAUAGUGUGCAUCUUGUCAAAGCUCUUGUCCGGACAUUUGUCCUUUUGUGACUCAAUUGCAGAAACGUUCUCCUCUUUGGUACUUGUGCUGUGGACCUUGCAGCGUCGUCUUCACACAGGAGGCAGCUGGGGGUUCAUUUUCUGGUGUGGUUGUUCUGACCCUUUUUCAAUCUGUUUCCCUGUCCUUUUUCUGUUCCCACUUUCUCUUCCUUCCAAAACUAACCUUUUUAAAUUUUGCACACAAGCUAUGCUUAUAGAAGUCCGUGUCUGUUUCUCAACUAUUGGGUCUUUUCUGUAUCUACCAUAUACUUCUCAGUUCAUAUCUCCUUCUUUCUAUAGGGAUCUAGUUCUUUGCCCUCUGAGUUGUGCUUGGGUAGCUCUUCCUCCUAACUUAAGUGCUUAUACAUAUUUAUUUUCUGCUAAUAAGUGUGAUAGUUCCUGCUGAUCUCUACAGUUUAAUAGUCGUUAUACGUCACUACUGUUAAUGUAUAUAAACCCAUACAUCAUUUCUGUGACUCCUUUUUUGAUUCCCCAUUCUUCUUAUUGUGUGAUUGUCCACUUCUCAAGUCUGGUCAUAGAGUUUGACAGUAAGUUGAGAAGCUGUCUUAUGUGAAACAGCAUUUAGUACAGUGAAAGAAGGGUCUCAAAGCAUGCCAUGAUGUAUACAAAUAUUUAAUACGGCAAUUAAAUAAGUAAAAAUAGGUUAAAAGACAGGUCUGAUGUCGCAAGGAUGUAUGUGGAGUGUUUAAUAGAUUUAGUACUGUUAUGGAAAAAGGGAUGAGCACUGAAUUUCAUAGACAAAUUUUGCAUCUCCUCAUCCACUGCAGGGUUUAAAUGAACUGUGACCAUCCAGGAGGAAGACUCGGGUGUCACUGUGGGCUGCCUACUCUGCAGCAGCAGCCACUGCUACCAAGAAAGCAAAUUAAAUGUUAACUUCUUAAUGAAGUGGGACAGAGGGUAAUGCAGAAGAUGUUGUAAAUCAGUUGGAAUAUCCUUACCAGAAUAUAUAUUUUUUUCAUGUUGAUUAUCUGCAUGACAAAUAAGCAAAAGGAGGAGUAACCCAGAUGGCAGUGACAGUGGGAGGGCUGAGAAGACUUCAUCAAUAAGAGACUGGGAAACUGGCGGUGAUUAGGCUUUGUAGGAAGCACAUGUGUGUUUUAUUCCAUAAUUCCUAAGGGUGGAGAUUGACUAGGAAAGCUGUAAAAUCUCCAUCGUUGGAGGCUCUUAGAAACUGGUUGAAGAAGUAAAUGUCUGUCGUAGAUGGUGGAAACACUGGUGAUGCUUUACUGAGAAAAGGAAGGACUGGAUGACCUCAAAGAUUCAUAUUUCAGUAUGGCAUAAAAAUGGUGUUUAUUCUGUUAUCGUGGGAAGAACUAGAGGUCUUUUCCCCAAACUGAAUGAUGAUCUAUGUUAAGUAAAUAAAACCAAUCGUUUCUUUCAGCUAUAGAAAUCACUACAGAAGUAGUGAGGUGAGGAGAAUAGUAGGCUUGAAAAAAAAAUAACUUUGCUACUGAAAGAUAUCUCAGCAAUUUUUAUGUUAUCAUGGAUAUAAAUACUAUCUUGUCAGUGCCCAAACUCUAGAAUGGGUAGAAAAGAGCUUCAUGAACAGUCAUUUUUGAACAGUUUGUUCCACUUGCCUAAUACAGGGUGCUCUGUGCUAGGACAUUGUCAGAGCAUAGUUUCUGGAACACAGUCACUGGUUUUCUGCAUAUGCAUUUCCUGUUUUAUUAAACAAGGAGAUGUUUGGGUUGAGCUUAAGGCAGCCUGGGGAAUUGAGCGUUUGUUUGGGAAGGUACUUGUAGAAAGCUGGUAGAGUAAGAACAUUGUACAGCCUUCAGAAACAUAAGCAAGCUGCCAGUGGGAACUGAGGGCUGGCCUUCUCCUAGCUCUCAGCUGAUUGCAGAAAAGUUCACAAAUAAUUAAGAAAAUCGAAUCAUCCUAAUUCUUGAUGCGUUUUUAAUAAAUAGUUAAUGAGACUUUGCAAAAUGAGCUUGUUCAAAAUAUUUGUGUUGUCCACUGAGAAAAGUUGAAUAUGCUGAUAAAUAGAGGUGCACAGAUGUAACUGGUAUGUGAGAUGUUUCAGUUGCUCUUCUGUUUUUCUCAAAAAGAAACACUGUAGAAACAUGAAUCGAGUUACACUGGAUCACUGAGCCCCGAGUCCCCAGGCCCCCAGGCCCGAGGGGAGCAGCAGUAACUGCAUGGAAGUAUAGGAGCAAGGCAAAAAAUUAGCAGUGCUCCUUCCAAAUACUCUGCGCUUUGUAGCCCUGGAGUUUUCUGACCCAGAGGGGUACUGCAUAUUUAGCACCUCUGUGAAUUUUAUUUAUGGAAAUUAGUUUGCUGAUAUUUUCUUGAACGCACACGAACUUUUAGCAGGCACAGUGUUCUGUGUCAGGAAGUUUUUGCAGCUUAUCUUGCAUAAAGAAAUGCCUGAUGCCACCAGCUGUUAGCUGCUGUCUGGUUCUUGUAAGGGAAGAGACAGUGAGGACUUGAUGAAUCUCCUCCUCCUCCAUGCGAGCCGUGAUGCUGCAGAGCUCUGCACUCUGUCCCCUCCCCAAACCGCUCCUUCUACAGAGUGCAAAGGCACAUUCUGGCUGUUGUUCCUCACACAAAAUCCAUUCCAUAGCACAUAGAUCGCUGCAGUGGAUGUGAUCAGAUUUAUUAAAAGUAGCAAGCUGAUUGAACUUAAAGAUAGUACAUUGGGUCUGCUAGUUUCAGUUCCAAAGGCUGUUCGUGUUUGCUUGUUUGUUUGUUGAACUGUUUGUAUCCAAGUGCUUUGUUUGAGGUUCAGUAUCUGGUUGUUCUGAGCGAUGAAUAGGCAUGCAUGAAAGAGACGUUCACUGACCUUUGUCUCAAGUUACAAUUCACAGUUCUGUAAAUGUAGUAUUUUUCAAGUGAAAUAUUUUUGGAUUGUUGUGCACAUUUUUCAAAAUGGAUGGAACUUGGAAGUCACAGUGGUGGAACGCUUGGACCCUAUUCCUAGGAUGUGAGUGCUUUAGAGAAAUGGAAGGUGAAUACGCGACCUGGGAUGCCAUCAGGAGCUCGAAUGCCCCAUCAGGGGGCUCCCAUGGGUCCCCCAGGCCCUCCAUAUGUUGGAAGCCCCUCGGUGAGACCUGGGAUGCCCCAGACUGUGAUGGAAACAACAAGAAAACGAACUGCACCGCAGCAGGUCCAGCAACAGCAGGUGCAGCAGCAAGUGCAACAGCAGCAGCAAGCUACUCAGAACCGAACCAGGAGUGCCAAGAGGAGGAAGAUGGCUGACAAAAUUCUCCCUCAGAGGAUCCGGGAGCUGGUUCCUGAGUCCCAGGCCUACAUGGAUCUGUUGGCUUUUGAACGCAAACUAGACCAGACCAUUAUGCGGAAGCGCGUGGAUAUUCAGGAAGCGCUGAAGAGGCCAAUGAAGCAAAAGCGGAAGCUGAGACUUUAUAUCUCCAACACAUUUAAUCCUGCAAAAUCUGACGCUGAUGACUCUGAUGGCAGCAUCGCAUCGUGGGAGCUUCGAGUGGAGGGGAAGCUCCUGGAUGACCUCAGCAAACAGAAACGGAAGUUUUCAUCUUUUUUCAAGAGUUUAGUCAUUGAACUGGACAAAGAUCUUUAUGGACCUGACAACCAUCUUGUGGAGUGGCACAGAACUCCCACUACUCAGGAGACUGAUGGCUUCCAGGUGAAAAGACCUGGUGAUGUCAGUGUGCGCUGCACAUUGCUCCUGAUGUUGGAUUACCAGCCUCCACAGUUUAAACUGGACCCACGAUUAGCCCGUUUGCUGGGGAUACACACGCAGACGCGAUCAGCCAUCAUCCAGGCUCUCUGGCAGUACAUCAAAACAAAUAAGCUGCAGGAUUCCCAUGAUAAGGAAUAUAUUAACUGCGACAAGUACUUCCAACAGAUUUUUGACUGUCCACGGCUAAAGUUUUCUGAAAUUCCUCAGAGACUAACUAACCUGCUGCUGCCACCAGACCCUAUUGUGAUAAACCAUAUCAUCAGUGUUGACCCCAAUGAUCAGAAGAAGACGGCUUGUUAUGACAUAGAUGUAGAAGUUGAAGACCCAUUAAAGGGACAGAUGAGUAGUUUUCUUCUCUCAACAGCUAACCAACAGGAGAUUACAGCAUUGGACAACAAGAUUCAUGAAACAAUCGAAUCCAUAAAUCAGCUAAAAAUACAACGUGAUUUCAUGCUGAGUUUCUCCAAAGAUCCCAAAGGAUACAUCCAAGACCUUCUCCGUUCCCAAAGUAGGGAUCUUAAGGUGAUGACUGAUGUAGUUGGAAAUCCAGAAGAAGAACGCAGAGCUGAAUUUUAUCAUGAGCCGUGGUCUCAAGAGGCAGUGAGCAGAUAUUUCUACUGCAAGAUUCUCUUUUUCUUUCAGAUCCAGCAGCGCCGACAGGAACUGGAACAGUCUCUGGGAGUGCGCAACACAUAAGUGUUGCUCAAAACAUCACGUUGGCAUCAUGACCACAGAACAAGUGGACUCCUCAGUGUUACUUAGCUCACUGUUACACAUGGACCCGCUUCCUGACUGGAUGGGAAAGUGCCAUCAACAAACCAGUCAGAACACCAGCUUUAGAGUGACCCUUGAAAAAACCGCCCGUGGGAGGUGUCUCAAACCAUUCCAGGCCAUAGAUAGCAGAAGAUUGCUGUGCUUUAUACAGGUGUCUGUGCUAAAGAAGAUUAAAGAUUCAUUCAUCAACUUGCAUCCUUGAGUUCUAGUGGAAAGUUCAGACACUGUGCAGCAAAUCCUUAUGGGUUAUGCGUAGAAUCAUGGGUGGUAUUGAUGGAGGAGGUUGAGUUGAGUGUUAUAAAAGACUACAGAUUUAGAGAAAUAAAGGUAGUUCUCAUCCUGUGUUACCUAAGAGUCUCAAAUAGUAACUUCUCUGGAAUUAGACAAGAUGGUCCUGAUAGUUGUGGAAUGGUUUAUAUUCCUGAAUACAACUUUAAUUCCAUUGCGAGGAGCCAUCAUGCGAUGUAAAAUAACUAACUAGGAGAACUUUCAUUCCUGGAAUGAAAAGCUCCUCUGGAAGAAAAAAGUGUAUUCAGGACAUACAUUCUGCAAACUGUAACACUCCCCCUUCCCCCUGCCCCUGCACUGAAAGCCAAACUGAUUUAUAUAUCACAUGAGUAUGAUCUAUGUGUUAUACUGAGAGGAAGAAAAUUUUUCUAGAAUGAAAGCCUCUUAAGCAUUCUCAAGUAUCAGUGGGUUAGCAAAGCAGAAGUUGAAGCAAGAAAUGAGACAAUCUGAGAAAAUGCAAAUAACUGAAUGGUGCUUUGCUGAUACCUGCCUUGAACACAGCAGAUAUUAACAAUAAGCCUAUAGGUAAAAUAGGAGGUUUCUUAAACAUUUCUUUCUCUAUGUGCCAUUAGAGAUCAAGACUGUAAAGAAGUUCUCUAAUUGCUAAGUUGGUUCAGAAUCCAAGAGGCUUAACUUCAUGUAAUGUGGCAGUUUUCUCUUUACUUCACAGUCUUAACAGAGUCCCUGGAUUGUUCUUCUUCAAUCACAGGUAAACUACCUUUUCCCAUGGAUCAUUCAGUUCCCCCAUUCACUCUAUGUGCUGGUUACAUAGGAUGCUGUUAUGAAGCACUAUCAGCCUUAAAUAUCCCUUGGAAACCACCUUCUUUGCAAAUAUGUGAAAAAUUCAAUGGGAAUUACACCAUACUGACUUGGAAGCAGAGGCAUCUUCAUUGAAUCCUUCCCCCUGUCCUGCUUUUCGUAGUGCAUAGAUUAGUUUGUCAUUAAUGAACCAACAUGAUUUCUAGUCCAAAAAGCAACUGCCAAAGUAUAACUGUGUCCUGAUGAUGUAGCACUCAAAAUCCUCUUCUAGGCUGCUCCUCUUCAUCUCCUGUCUUUCACUUUCUUGGAAUGAAAGUUCACACGUGGUAAGGAAUGGAGGCAGCUCUUCUAAGUACGUAAUUUUGCUGUAGCAAUGUCCUCUUCUUCUGUCUUUGCCACUUUCUUUCAUAUUUGAACAUAAAAAUUUCUUCUGUCCAGUCACAGAAGACACAAGUCUUCCCUCCCACUGCUUCACUGAGUACAUCUGCUUACAUGUUACCAGUGCCAUAGCUUUCACUCUGUCCGCUGUGUUCAGAGGUGUCAGAAAAUACACGCUUGACUGCAGUCAUAUGUUGGCAGUACCGUCAUGUAACAACAUUGGUGUGAGAAAAAGCACAGCUGUACCUCUUUGCCCAAGGCCUUUUCCUGGGAAUGGCUUGGUUCGGAUUUAUUUUAUUUUAUUUUAUUUUAUUUUAGUUAAAAACCCCUUUUUACACUAAAACCUGAAAUCCUGCAGUCUUAAACUGAGUCUAGCUAGGGGCUGAGAGGUUGCCAGGCAGUUAAUGACUUUAAAUCUUAUUCGCUGUAGGACUGUGCUAAUUGCACUACAAGCAAAAAUUAUGAAGGAAAACAGCGGGGAUCAUCUGCUACUGUGCUUCCAUAUUUGUUACGCUGCUGUGUCAGUUGUGUGCAUGCCGUCCAGUGUAUAAAAUCUUUUCUGUAUGUGGUAAACAGAGCAGCUACAUUCAGGGGAUGCAUUUGAUCUCCAGGAAUAAUAAAUGCAGAGAAAGAUAAGUGGGGAUGCGAGAAGGGCGUGAAGCUGGGACAGAUGUCAUCAGCCAGGGGCUCUCGGUAUUGCGGACGUUGCCAUCUGAGUGGCAAAUAUUUCUUUAGAGAAAUUCCAGUUACAUGCCACAGCUGGCAAAAUAACUGAGUCCAAUCUACUUUUGGAAUCUUUCUUUAGAAUUCAUUAAUUGGAUGAGUUUUUCAGAGCAAAUUAAUGUAAGUAAUGUGUUGCUGCUGCCCAGUGGAGCCAGAACAGCACCACUGGAAGUCGAUGCUGUGUUCAAUAGCAGUGCUGUUCUGAAGCGUGUGUGUGAGCGUGCAUGUGCAUGCUCGUGCAUGAUUCAGCCACUGUACAUGGCAAUCCAAAAUCUAAAUUCUUAUGUCCUGCUGUCCAUAUUCCUGCUGCACAUAAGAAGACUGUUCACCAACGAUGAGUCUUAGGAGUAGCUGUCAGGUGUCUUCCUUUUGGUUAAAAUGCGUCUUGAGAUUUUGACGCUUUUGUCCUGGGCUCAGAAGCACGUUGUGCCUUUGUCAUCCAUCCCAGGAGCGUAGCCAGGGGCUUGGUGUUUGGAAAAUGAGACGUUGUAUUUGAGGAGAAGCAAUGGAACAAUUCUGGGAGGAACUGGACCAAAUGCAGCUUAGGCAUGUGAAAAUGGAAGUUCAUGGUACUGAACAGGCAUGUAACUGCAGCAGAUGUUGAAUAAUAAAUUCGUCUUCUUCUCAAGAUGACGGUAUUUUUUGGCUGAAAAAAAAAUGGCAAGAAAAUUUUUGGGGUGUCUUUGGUUUCUACCACAGUACAAUACAAAUAUGUGCACACUGCAAAAAUAAAUUGAACAAAUAAGUAAAAUCUGUGCGCAGAAGUAGCUAAUUUAUAGGUGAUAAUAUAGAUUGUUAGAAAAUAUAGCACAAAAUUAGGACAGAGUUAAAACAAUUUCUGGAAUGCAAUAAAAGGGAAAUAUAUCUCGAAGCUGGAAUGUUGGCAUAACAGCUAAAGGAAAAACGAAUGUUUGAUGGUGGAAGAAAAAUACCAGGAUAGAGAGAAGAAUACCAGAAUUGAAAAAGAAAGAAAAAGAUGGGAGCAGAGUGCCACUGAAGUGCCAUUAAGACAUAGCACAGGAUAAUGUGCAGAGUACUGCUGGAAAUAGCACAGCUGGUGUGGUUUUGUAUAAUUUGUGUGCAUGUGAAUAUGUAUACAUGUAGAGGUCAGGUGUGAGUGCCAUUCUCAACGGGUGUGUAGUUUGGGAAAUGGGCAUGCAGGGCACAGCCUUGUGUUCUGCAUGUGACUUUGGAGACACAUUGUCAAAACUUUUCCCCCUGUGAACAGCAGGGAUUUAGCUGUUCCGCUUACCAGCACUGGUUGUUCUAGUGCAUGCAUGGCUUCAGUUGACAGCUUUUUAUAUCACACUGUAUAGAAUUUAUUCUGCUGAAACUUGUGAAAAUAUUGGUAUUAUAUGCUACAACUCCACAUUUUUCUAAUACAGUAGUGAGGUGUUGGUUUUUUUUUUCCUGUUUGUGUUGAGAACCCUUUUAAUGGCAGUGUGAAGAGAUGAAGGGGAAACAAAGGCUCCUGAAGAAAGAGGUGUCCUUUCUGUAACUGCUCUGUUGUUUAAUAGGAUGUACCUGUUCUACCAGAUCCUGUAUGAUAACUCCUUUUCCAAUCUCAUUGAAGAAAAGUACUCCAUUUAAAAAACACAGCUGUGAGUUUGUGAGUGAGCAAAUAUAUGCAUAAGGGGAGAUGGAAGAGAGACUCCCUCUACUCUGUAGCCACCAUACCUUCACUGUAUGAUGAUGAGUGAGUGGUAGAAAAGCUUUUAACAAUAAAUACUUUGUUUCUUUGUAA